AUGGCCGGUAUUAAAGCUUACGAACUUAGAACCAAGUCCAAGGAGCAAUUGGAAUCCCAGUUGGUCGACCUGAAGAAGGAAUUGGCCACUUUGAAGGUCCAGAAGUUGUCUAGACCUUCUUUGCCAAAGAUCCACACUGUCAGAAAGGACAUUGCUCGUGUCUUGACCAUCAUCAACGAAAACCAGAGACAGGCCGUCAGAGAGCUUUACAAGGGUUCCAAGUACCAGCCAAAGGACAUGAGAGCCAAGAAGACCAGAGCUUUGAGAAGAGCUUUGACCAAGUUCGAGGCCACCAGAAUCACCCCAAAGCAGAGAAAGAGACAAAUCGCUUUCCCACAAAGAAAGUUUGCCAUCAAGGCCUAA